AUGUCACUCGGCCUGGCCCCCAGCGAAGGCGGCGUGUCCGAGCUGUGGCGAUGGGCGGAGCCCACCGGUUGCGCGGCCCUGGCUCUGGGUGGUGCCAGCAAUGCAGCUGCAGCGGUGCAAAGCGGGGUUCUGCUUGGAGCUCGAGUGUCCCACAUCAUAUCUGUGGGGUCAUAUCGGAACUUCAAAGCCCUGACUACUAUGCAGAUGGAGAACGGCCAUGCAGAUAUUCAGCUUCAGUACUUUCAGAUGUCCGAUUGGCUUCGGCCAGACGAGAAGUUGGACCUGAGACAUGACUUGGCCGAGCCUCUUCAGGCUUUGCAGGCCGCCGUGCAACCUGCAGAAGCAGGCGGUGACCGCGUGGUGCUCGUGCACUGUGACCAGGGCCACAACCGCUCGCCGACUCUGGCCCUGGCUUUCUUCGUUUGCAACGGCCACACACUCCGUCAGGCCUACUGCCGGCUCCUCCGAGCUCGAAUGGACGUCGAUCCAUUGCCGCCCUACAGGCGAGGCCUUGAGCAACUUGAAGUCGAGCUGCGCGGCGAGCGCGGCAACAGCGUUUCGGAGCACGACAUCUUUGCUUUGCACGUGACGCAAUUGAUGAGCCUUCCCAAUCUUCACGAGCUCGCAGAAACUUGUCCGCCACCCCCGCCCCCUCCGGGGCCAGUGGAGACAAUGCGGUCAGACGAUGAGAGGGAGGAGGUGGACGAGAUGUCCGAGGCCUCCCACGCCUUCGAAGUGGCCCUUGCCGUCCGCCGCAGCGCCAUUGCCACGCUUUUGGCGGAGCAGCCCGCGGAAGAAAUGGAGAGUCGUCUGCACAGCGUCAGCAACAAGACCGUGAACGUGCAACCAUCGCAGAGCGAAUCAGCCCGUCAGAUUGUGUUCCUCCACAUUCCGAAGACCGCGGGCACUUCCUUCUUUGCAGACGCGAUGUUCAUGAUUCCAUCCAACAUGUCGUUUCUCGACAAUGGCGAGCUUUCCUUGCUGGGCACCCCACACGUGCAGAACGAGACUCGCGUGGUGAUGAUUCGGAGCCCAUUAGACCAUGUUCUGUCGCAAUUUUUGGAGUGCAAGUUUGACUGGUGGGGUAAGCGUGUCACCGCCGGCACGGACUUCCCUUUCAAACCAGGUGUUUAUGGCGGCCUUUACAACUGGGUUCGACAUUUUACAGACCUGAAGAACGAGUCGGUACAGGGUUUUCCGCCCGACAGCAAGGAAUGGGCUCGCGCGGUGAGCCACAACUGCUACAAUCCCUGGAACAUGCAGAGUAGAUACUUGGCCAGCGUCUGGGACCAUUACGUGCCCUUUGACGAGCUUCAGCCAGACAUCAAGGUCGCGAGGCAAGGGCUUCAAAGUGUCCAAGUUGUCGGUGUGCCUGAGCUCUACGUGGAAUCUCUCUGCCUGGUCCAUCUGGAAACGCACGGGCACCUGCCUGAAGGCCGUGCUUGCGGCCAGCAAGGACCGAUUGAGCAAAUCAGCACUGAGUCCCAUUACGUUCCGAAUCACUCUAUCAGCGAGCUGCCAGACGAUCUUUUAGCUGAGAUGUCCAAGCUUGUGCGGGUCGAUGCGCAGAUCUACGUUGAUGCCCUCAACCGGUUCGAACUUGCUGCACGCCAAGCUGCUGACCGCACUGGCAUCCAGAUGUUUUGCGACGAUCGCCUUGAUCGUGCGUGGGCAAACGCCAACUCCUUGUUGCAAAGGCUUGGGAUGGAGAAUGCAUCCGAGCUGCAGCGAGCAUGGAACCACGUCCGUGUCGAGAUAGUCGUCAUGCUACCUCAGGGAAGAGUGCAGAGAAAAGCGCUGCCGAAAGAGCUUACCGGGGAGGUCGCUAGCCUCGGGCGUCGUGGCCUCUGGGCGGCGGCCAUCCACAAAGUGGAGGAGGCGAGGAGCCACCAGCUGCUGGAUGUUGUGCUGUGCAAUGCCGCAGUCACAGCGUGUGCUCGCAGUAAAGCCUGGCAGGCCGCGUUGGCUGUGCUGCAGAGCAUGGCAGAGGGAAGGCCUGGGCUGCCAGAACCAGACUUGGUGACAUUUAACAGCGCGUUAAAUGCCCUCGCGUCCUCGGCCUGCUGGCGGGAGGCUUCCUGGCUGCUGUCGGAGAUGUGUGGUAGCAGGUGGUUGCACAUUUUGCCCAACAUCGUCAGCUACAACACUGUCCUGAGAGCUUGUGCCAGGAGUAGUUCCUGGCAAGCGGCUCUGCAACUGUUGUCGAACCUAUGCCAGCAAAGACCAGAAGGUGAAGCGGAUCUGGUGAGCUUCAACACGGCAAUUUCGGCUUGUGAGCGGAGCAGUCAAUGGCAACGUUGCUCGUCGCUCUUGGCAAACUUGGGCCAGCGAGGCCUUCAGCCAGACACCGUCUCUCUGAACACCGUUUUGAGCAGCUUUGCACGUGGUGACGAAUGGCAAAGGGCUAUAUUCUCUGUCCAGAUUAUGGCGGCCUUGCUUUUCUGGAUCUUAAUGAGCGCAACGAUGAUUAUUUUCAAUGCUGCGCUACUGCAAGGAUUCAGGCAUCCCGUGUGGUUGACAUUCUGGCAUAUGUCUGCAAGCACAAUUCUGAUACUCGUUCUGAAGCUGGCACGGCCUGAUCUGGUCGCUACAGGCGAUGAGAAGGAGGGCCGGCCGCCCUUGGCGAUGAUCGAGGCCCUGAAGCUUGGCUUCCCGGUGGCCGCCGCGCAGUGUGUGGGCUUAAUUGCCGGAAACACGGCAGUAAUGUAUCUUUCUGUUUCUUUUUGCCAGAUGAUCAAAGCCUGGACUCCAGCGAUGGUGUAUGCAGUCGGAUGUUUGGUCGGUACCCAGAAGUGGUCUAUUCCGGUGGCCAAGACCAUUCUGACCAUCACUGUAGGACUGAUGAUCACAAGUGUUGGCGAGAUCAAGUUCGAUUGGUACGGCUUUCUGAUGCAAGUCACCGCACUUUUCUCGGAGGGCCUUCGAAUAAAUCUGCUUGAGAUUCUCCUGAAAUCGGCCGGCUACAAGCUGAACCCGCUGAGCUCCAUCUUGAUCUUCGCACCGAUCGCCUCGGCGAUUCUGUUGGUUAUCGGCGUUGUGACGGACUUAGACGGAAUCUCCUUUGAGGUGAUGCACCAGCUGGGAGAGCUAGUCAUGGUGGCAAACGCUCUCGUCGCGUUUUUCCUCAACAUCGCGAUCUACAUCGCCAUUCAGCUGGCGUCCGGUUUGAUCUAUGCGCUUGCUGGGGUCGUGAAGGACAUCUCCAUCAUCAUGGGCUCUGUGGUCGUUAUGGGAAGCACCGUAAAUGUUCUGCAAGUGGUCGGCUAUUCAAUUGCGAUCACGGGCAUCCAGUGCUACGGCGUUGUUAGCAAAGCACCGGCCAAUUUCGAAGCGCCUGGAAUCGUGUACGGUGUCUUCCGGCACUUCCAGGACAACCUAGCGCCGUCCUUGCCAGCGAAAGAUCUCGAUGGCCAAAGAAUAGGGGCGACGAACGAGGCAAUGCUGCUUUUCGAGGAGCUUUUGGCUGGAUCAGGCCCGGUCGCCGACUCCACCUCCUUGGGAUCCGUUCUUUCCGCUUGUGAGCGAGUGGGGCUUUGGCAGGCGGCUUGGUCGCUCCUCGGCCGCUUCCGCGGCCAGGGCCUGGAGCCACAAAGCGGAGCCCUGCGGGCUGCGCUGUCUGCGCUGCGGUCCGGUGGACGUUGGCAAGAAGCGCUACUGCUCCUCGGCGAGCUUGAAGACUCAUCUUCUGCGGACGUUGUCGCCUUUAGUGCGGCCAUGGCUGUGUUGGAGAUGGCAGGCAGUUGGCAGCAAGCAUUUAGCCUGCUGGCCAAAAUGCGUAGCCGGGCCGUGGCACCCGACUCGUAUACGUACUCGGCAUUGCUUGGCAGCUGCAGAGCUUGGGCAAGCGAGAGCGAGGCUGCGGCACUCAAUACAGCACGGGCUUUGCUAGCAGAUGCGCGGGACAGCCGCGAGGCAAACGAGGUUGUGAUUGGCGCGAUGCUGCGAAUACUUGAGUUUGCAGGGCUGUGGGCUGAAGCACUGGAUCUGCUUCGAAAGGCACCGUCGAGGCGGGCUGCAGGACGUGAGCCAAAUCUCAUCAACUACGCAUCCGCCGCAAGCGCGUGUGCGAAGGGCCAGAAGUGGGAGUGCUGCUUGGAUUUGCUGCGGGAGCUUGAAGAGGCCGGCACCAGUCCGGACAUUGUGCUUCUCAGUGCUGUGAUCAGCGCUUGUGCGGCGAACGUAGUUUUGAGUGGCAGCGAGCGUUGGCAGUCCUGGCAACCGCCAUCUCGAGGAGUUUUAACUAGGUGUCAGUCUGCCACCGGGACUGUCGAUUCCGACUUAGCGGCAAAGCUGGAGGCCGCAAAGGAGCGGGUGGCGCAAGCCAAAGAGGCAGUGAGCCUUUUCAGGACAGAGCUUUGUGGGCGAAAUUUUCUCUCGCCGGAGAUCAACCAACCACUGCUUACAGAGAUCUUUCUUUCCUUCGUCCCCAAGAGCGCCGCAGCCAUGCGGGAACCGAUACUGGACAAGGCACUGGCAGGAAUCAUUCCCGACAUUGGCAGUGAUGUCGAGGCCUUGGUGGCUUUGGUUGGAGCCAUGGCCACAGCAAGGCUGCCUCAUGAUCCAGCUUGGCAACUGAUGGCAGAUGCGGUGGCACAGGAGUGCCGUGGUGCUUCAGCGAGGCAGCUGACGGCUUUUGCCUGGGCCUUCGCGACAGCACGAGAGCCCAGGCAGGAUUUGUGGGAUUCCUUGAAGGCAGCGAUGGCAGGUAAACUCGGACAACUUUCCGCAGAUGAGCGAGUGACAUUCGCUUGGUCAUGUGCAGAAGUGAACCAGCACGCGCGAGACCUAUUCGGAGAUGUCAGCGAGUUCGCAGCUCCGGAAGCGUCCGCAAAGAUGAUAGAGGCGAUUCAAGCCCUGCCUGGACAGGUGUUGCUUGCCGACCCAGUGCCCAUCCGUCUGGUGCCAGAUGUGCUGGUCGACGAGCAGGGACAGGAAUUGAUUCGCAUUGCCGAUGAUGCGCAGCUUUGGUCCCAGUCGAGUCGUCGUGCUGCUCGAGAUGCUCAGGGGGAGGAUGCUCUCCGGACUUCCUCUUCGGCGAUCCUCAGCUCCCCCAGCAUGUUUGGAAAUCCUGCGGUGCAGGCGGUGCGCAGCUGGGCCUCAAAGGCGCUCCAAGUGCCAGAGGACUUCGUAGAGGCACUGCAGCUGGUGCGAUACCGGAAGGGCGAGCAGUACAGCACCCAUGUAGACUGGGGUCGUCAGCAGGAUGCCUCGUUGUGGCUGGGCGGUCAGCGCACAGCAACCGCACUGAUCUACCUCAACAGCUUGCCAGAUGGCUGCGGUGGCGAGACAUCCUUCGAGAGGCUCGGAGUCUCCGUGCGGCCCCAGGCGGGCGCUGCUCUCGUCUGGCCGAAUGUGGAUGCGGAGGGCCGGCCACAGAACCUGGUCGAACAUCGAGCCCUGCCGCUUCUGUGCGAUUUCCCCAAGUAUGCCGUCAACGUGUGGAUUCGCGAGAAGUCGCUGCCGGCCUACGUAGGACGAGCUUGA